GUCGCCCGUAAGCUGGUCAUCAUUGAGAGUGAUCUGGAACGUACAGAGGAGCGCGCUGAGCUCUCUGAAGGCAAAUGCGCUGAACUUGAGGAAGAGUUGAAGACAGUCACAAACAACCUGAAGUCUCUUGAGGCUCAGGCAGAAAAGUACUCACAGAAGGAGGACAAGUACGAGGAGGAGAUCAAGGUUCUCACAGACAAGCUAAAGGAGGCUGAGACCCGUGCUGAGUUCGCUGAGAGGUCCGUGGCCAAGCUUGAGAAGACCAUUGAUGAUCUGGAGGGUAGGGACCUUUUUCUUUCAUUUCAUAUAUUGUGA